AUGAGUAACACUCCUGCCAAAGCGAACCCUUCAGCUCGAGGCCCUUUACCCGCGUUUGGUGCUUUCAAUCCACACCAAGGCUCUGCAUCUCUUCUUCUUGAGAAGUCUAAUCCUGGAUUGCGACGUUCGACUCCGGAUUCUGAAGCUCUUGCAUCGUCUGACGAUGAAGUUGAUCAUGUGAAACCCUCAGCCAACGCAAAUGUGAAGACAAACCGGAACGUGCGCCGCACCUCCUGGCUGAACGACGUCACUAUAUCCAAUCCAAAUCGAAAACCCUCGACAACUGGCCUUUACAGUCCCUCGACAUCCCAUCCUGGGACCCCUGGUUCUGAGCAAUCGCCCUGGUCAAGUGCGAAUAUGACCACCCCCGGUACUGCCUGGCACAACCCAGGAAACAAUCCAUAUGGCUGGAAUAUUUGGGGUCAAGAUGCUCGCAAAGACCCACCUUCUAGACUACAGGAAGUCUUGCCUACGACAAACGGCGACGGGUUUCCCUUCUCUAUUCCCUUGCAGCCGACGCACAAGGCCUAUCGAUCGCAGUCAUAUUCCGUAGGUCAGCUUGACACUACAUCGGCUCUUCCAGCAACAGCUCCCGUAUCGACAUCGAUUGAGGCGACUCGAAACAGAUUGGGAAGUGCCUACCCCCAACGUCACAUUACCAGGACGAACGGUGUUGGCGGGCUUGACUCUGUGGGACUUGGCCGACUGAGAGAAGUCGAUGAUGACGAGGAAGAAGGCCAUGUCAAUGGCGGCAUCCCCGAUCAGCUCGCUACUGAACAGGCACGGGUUAUUGAGAGGUUGGAAAAAGAAAAUGCUCAGCUUCGCCAGGCAGCACACCGAGAAAGGACGUUCUCUGCGGCAUCCACCGCAACCCAGCCCCCUCCUGGAUUCAGGACACGUUUACGGGGCGCAGUCCCAGAAGAAGAGGAAACUGCAAUUGAUGAUCGUGAUGAACCCAUCUAUCCACCCCGACCAAACGCUACUAGGCGCAUGAGUGAGCAGGCAUUGAGCUUUGCCGAUCGGCAAGCCUUUGCUGCUGCUGAGACCCGCAACCUAGAUGGCGUGAAAAAGGCCCACUGGCAGACGUCGCUGGGAUUUGGUCCUAUCCCAGAAGCUCCUCAAAGCCGCCGACAUUCCUUCGCUGAUGUCCCAACAAGGCACGGGUCCUUCAGCUCAAGUGAACGAGGACGCGACGCGAGCAUGUAUGAGGCCAGCACACAGGCUUUGUCUCAAGGAGAAGAUCCUGCUUAUUUCAAUACUGAUGAAGCCACCCGGCGCGCUGCGGAUGCUCGUGUUCAACAAUCCCAUCAAAACUACGGCCAUCUUAACGUGGGACAGUAUCUCGAACCCCCUGUGCAACCCCUUUACAUCGUCAACUUCAAAUGCUGUCGCUCGGACGUCUUCUACAUACAAGAAGGAACAGGACUGCACGUCAGCGUGGGCGAUCUGGUCAUUGUGGAGGCCGAUCGAGGGACCGACUUGGGCACGGUCCAACAUACCAAUGUCUCGUGGGAAGAUGCCCGACGGUACAAAGAAUACUACGCAGAGGAACACUACAAAUGGCUGAUGAUGUUCUCAUUACAAAGUCGGAAUGGAGGCCCAAAUGUAGUGAAUCCUAACGGUCUCGCAGGACGACCUGGAAGUGCCGUGGGUGGUAUGGGCCUACAGAAUCACCACGGUCACGAUGGUACACACCAAGAGCUCAAGCCUAAACUAAUCAAGCGUUUGGCUCAAAACCAUGAGAUUCAGGCGUUGAGAGACAAAGAGGGCAAUGAGGCCAAGGCCAAGCGUGUCUGUCAACAGAAGGUCAUCGAGCAUCGACUGAACAUGGAGAUCUUGGACGCCGAAUUUCAGAUGGACAGCAAGAAGCUCACUUUCUACUAUUUUGCCGACAGCUACAUCAACUUUAAUGCACUUGUCACGGACCUGUUCAAGAUCUACAAGACUCGAAUCUGGAUGUCAGCAAUCAACCCUGCUUCUUUUCAAACCCCUACUGCUUCCCUUGGUCUUACGCCAGCGUACAACCCGGCACCUGGUGACGAACGUCAUCGGAGGCGUCAGCAACCGGCAUCCACACAUGAACUUGGCCCACAGCCAGUGACGACGCCGUUCGGAGACACCUUCGAUGCCGACCGCAACUUCAACAAUCAGAGUCAAGCAAUACGCAACGCGUACUACCCCGGGUACCAAGAUUCUGGUGCGGCCCAUCAACAGGUUCCACCAGGUAUGGGAUCCUACCCUGCUAACAUGGGUGGCCAAAUGGAUCCUUUCAUGUCUUUUUAUGGUCCUGGAUAUCCAGGUCUCAAUCCAAACGCAACCUCUUUCGCCACUGGGCGAAGUGAUUUCAGGGCGAGAGGCCCAGCUCAGCAGGACUGGAUGGGCAGAUUUCAAGGUCUGUCCCUCGGGUCUUAG